GGGCAGUGUAGCUCCCUGCCUCUGCUGGCAUUGUUAGGACUGUACACCAGAUACCAGACCCGAGUGCAUCUUGGUCUCAGAAGAAAACAACGGAAGAGUCAUGGCGCUCAGUGGCGCUUUUAAAGCGGUCACCAAAACCCCUGGGCUUGUAAUUUGGAGAAUUGAGAAAAUGGAUCUUAUGCUGGUGCCACAGAAAGCCCAUGGAAACUUUUAUGAAGGAGACUGUUACCUCCUGCUGUCUACAAGAAAAUCUGGCAGCUCCUUGUUCUAUGAUAUCCACUACUGGAUUGGAAAGGACUCGUCUCAAGAUGAGCAGGGCUCAGCAGCCAUAUAUACCAUUCAACUUGAUGAUUUUUUGGGUGGUAGCCCGGUCCAGCAUCGGGAGGUCCAAGGACAUGAAUCAGAAUCAUUCAAGGGAUACUUUAAGCAGGGGAUCAUCUAUAAGAAAGGAGGAGUAGCAUCUGGGAUGAAACAUGUAGACACCAACACAUAUGAUGUCAAGAGACUGCUUCAUGUUAAAGGGAAAAGGAAUGUCACUGCUACUGAGGUGGAGCUGAGCUGGAGCAGUUUUAACCUUGGUGAUGUAUUUCUACUGGACCUCGGCAAAGUGAUCAUUCAGUGGAAUGGACCUAACAGCAACACAGCAGAGAGAAUGAAGGGAAUGUUAUUAGCCAAAGACAUACGUGAUCGGGAAAGAGGAGGCAGGAUGGAGAUUGGCAUCAUUGAAGGAGACAAUGAGCAAGCAUCAUCAGAAUUAAUGAAACUUCUUAUAAGUACACUUGGAGAGAGAACUCAAAAAAUUGGUCCAGGGAGCGCUGAUGAAGUUGCUGACCAAACACAAAAAGCUAACAUCAUGUUAUACCAUAUUUCAGAUGCUGGUGGGAAAAUGGAGGUGACAGAGGUGGCAGCACGUCCAUUAGUUCAAGAAAUGCUGAAUCACCAGGACUGUUACAUCUUGGAUCAGGGCGGGACCAAAAUAUAUGUCUGGAAAGGAAAAGGGGCCACAAAGGCAGAAAAGCAAACUGCAAUGUCUAGAGCUUUGGAGUUCAUUAACAUGAAAUCUUACCCGCACAGUACCAAUGUGGAAACUGUUAAUGAUGGGGCAGAGUCUGCCAUGUUUAAACAACUCUUCCAGAAAUGGUCUAUAAAAGAUCAGUCUGUGGGAAUGGGAAAAAGUUACAGUGCCAAUAAGAUUGCUAAAGUCAGCCAAGACAAAUUUGAUGCAUCUUUACUCCAUGCAAAUCCAGCUGUGGCUGCCCAGGAGCGCAUGGUGGAUGAUGGACAUGGCAGUGUGGAGGUUUGGAGGAUUGAGAAUCUCGAGUUAGCAUCAGUUGAGCCUGAGUGGUAUGGAUUUUUCUAUGGUGGUGACUGUUACCUGGUGCUCUAUACAUACCACGUGAACAAGAAGCCACAUUAUAUUCUCUAUAUAUGGCAAGGACGCCAUGCAUCACAGGACGAGUUGGCAGCCUCUGCUUACUUGGCUGUUCAGCUUGAUCAGGACUUUAAUGGUGAACCUGUGCAAGUGCGAGUGUGCAUGGGAAAGGAACCUCGACACUUCAUGGCCAUAUUCAAAGGAAAACUUGUGAUAUUUGAGGGUGGUACAUCCAGAAAGGGAAAUAAAGAGCCUGAGCCGCCUGUAAGACUGUUCCAGAUUCACGGGACAGAACCUUCCAACACCAAAGCUGUGGAGGUUCCUGCAUACGCGUCUUCCCUGAACUCCAAUGAUGUGUUCUUGCUCAAGACACAAGCAGAGUAUUUCUUGUGGUAUGGAAAGGGCUCAAGUGGAGAUGAACGAGAAAUGGCUAAGCAGUUGGCAGCCAUUUUCUGUGAUGGAGAUGAAGAAACAUUGGCAGAAGGACAGGAGACUGUGCAAUUUUGGGAGGUUCUAGGAGGAAAGAUGCCAUAUGCUAAUGACAAGAGGCUUCAGGAAGCGGAAGCAGAUGUCCUUCCUCGGCUGUUUGAAUGCUCCAACAAGACUGGGCGAUUUAUUGUAACCGAAGUCAUGGACUUCAACCAAGAUGAUCUUGACCCAACUGAUGUCAUGCUUUUGGACACAUGGGAUCAGGUAUUCCUUUGGAUCGGAGUGGAAGCCAAUGAUGUUGAGAAGAAAGAAGCAGUGAUAACGGCCGUCGAUUACCUUAAGACUCAUCCAAGUAUCCGAGAUCCAGAAACCCCAAUACUCAUCAUCAAACAGGGAUUUGAGCCACCAAACUUUACAGGAUGGUUCUUGGCUUGGGACCCACAGAAAUGGAGUAAUGGAAAGUCUUAUGAGGAGUUGAAGAUGGAGCUGGGUGACUCCACUGCCAUACAGAGAAUUACACGGGACAUCAAUGGCAUGGCCGUAUCUCCCAAUACACCCAGCCCAAGCGCUGGCUUCCAAUGCUUCCCACUUGAGGCCUUAAAAGGAAAGCAGAAGCAUGAGCUGCCAGAGGGGGUAGAGCCCACCAGGAAAGAGACCUAUCUCUCUGACCGGGAUUUUAUUGCUGCUUUUGGGAUGACCAGGGGAGAAUUUUCUGCAUUACCUUCAUGGAAACAAUUGAAUAUAAAAAAGCAGCUUGGACUGUUCUAAGCUUCGCUCCAUACCGCACAAGCCUGACGUCCUGGGAAUUACCAAAGAUCAUCUUAAUGCUUUAAAGCACAAGACAUACAGAGGAAGACUCUGCUGUCAGAUUGAUACAAGAUUAUAUCAUGAGACUGCACUCACUAUUUACUUCCCUUGAGCAUUAGCCGCAUUAGAGAUGACAUGUAAAUGACAUUAUAGCGUAAAUGUGCAAGUCUUCAGAUGCUAUCAACUGGGCUUAGACAGUGAGCUCCUCUCCUAUUCCCAGCAUGCUUUGCUCUGGGGGUAUUACUUGUGUGUCAAAAGUCCAGUAAAGGCAUUCCCUUCUGCCUUAUUAUACAUAAUAUACAUGGAUUAAAGGGGAUCUCGCCAGGUUUAGAGGAUCUGAGGAUGGCAUAAACUAGCGGCAGAGGCUGUGAUUCCAUUAAUGUAACACUUACUGGGUUUGUUGCCAAAAAUGCUGUUUAUGCGCUGCAGUCCUCUCAAUGAUGAGGGUGUGUAGUUCUCAGUAUUCAUCUGCUGUGGUCUCCCCAAUGCUGAUUGACAGCUUUCUGCCUAUGCACAGUACUAGGAGAAAGUUGUAGAUCAGAGACGGGUGGAGGGGAGCUGCACCUCAUAAAUACUGAGGACUGCAUGGCGCACACUCACCAUUGAGAGGACUCAAGACCAACAGCAGAUAAAGAGGGAUAUUUCUCAUCUCUCUACAACAGUUUUCUGGCAAAAAGAAAAAAUUGGAAAUACCAUAUUUGCAACUUUUUAAAUGCCAUUGUGACAAACUUUUGUCCCAAGUGGCGAUUCUGUGCUGCCAUUGCCAUUUUUCUGAAGAGCGGGCAUGGCCAUUGGACCCAACACAUUUAUCAUCUUUUAAGCUUCCAUAGAUUUCAGAUUAGGUGCACAGGCUGCUGGAGGAUGCUUCUAAUAAAUGAUGAGCGUGUUAAUAUUGUAUUAACCCUGUUGCCCCAUGAAAACGAGUACUUUGAACUAAUACCCAUCCUAUGUGAAAUUCUAUACUUACCUUGGCAAAAUCCAAGUGGCAUAAAGGACCUUCUGUUGACUCUCCCACAUGCCGAUAUAGUUGACAUUUGCUUUUAAGAUUUUUUUAUGUGUUGUGAGGAAUACACAAUUGAACAAGAAACUUUUUGCCCCACGGGCUAUUUUUUAUAGAAUUUUUUUAUAAUUUAGCUUUU